AGUUUGCCGUCGUCAGUUUGCACUGCUCAGAAGUCGAAGAAGAGCCACCAAAGCCGCAUUUAAAAAAAGUUAAAGCCAGCUUUUCUUCGUCGAAAUCCUCGCAAAUAGAGAAAAAAAUUUUAGCUGCAUUUCCUGAAACGGACCAAUCGCACAAGUAAUCAGCAAGCAUAAGUUAACAAGAGCAAUAAAUCAGCAAAAUCCAAAAAGCGCGACUAGUGGGCGGCAGUGCACUGAAAGCAAAAAACGCAACCCAGGGAAACCAUCUUUACUUUUCUUCAACACACACCCGUGAAAGCAACUUCCGGACUGCAAAAUGACUCGUGGCAAUCAGCGUGAAUUGGCCCGGGAGCGUAACGCGAAGAAGCAGGGCGGCAACAAGGCCAAGAAGGAGGACGGAUUGACACACGAGCAGCGCAAACAACGUGACGCCGACAUCAUGCGACAAAAGCAGGAGAAGAAAAAGGAGCUGGAGAAGGCGACGGGCCAGGCCAAGAGUUAAUGUCCACCCUCGGACCCAGUUCCCGCGUGUGUGUCAUGAAGUCCAAACUGAACGAUCCCCCGCCCCUCCUUCCCUACUCCCAUAGAUUGUCAUCCCUCGCUCUCGCCGCCGCCCUUCGACUCCUAGCUCUAGCGUAGUAAAUUAUUAUGCAGGUUUUACAACACACACACUUUUAACGGAUAAACGGAGACACACAAAUGAGAAUUCGCGCAUAAAAAUGCUGAUCGACCUUUCCCGCGCGCCACUGUGCAGCACACAAAUGUAAUUUAUUAUUUCCUUUUUCUUCAACUGAAUCACUAGACUAUUUUUUUUUUAUCUCACACGAAACCACCUUUUUUGUAACGAUCAGCAAAUGCUUUUUUGAUGUAGGACUUUAGUUUGUAAGUCGCGUUACGUUUCAAUUCUCUCGAUUCAAUGUGGACACCGAAUUCUUAUCGAAAGCCGUCAGCAGCAGCCCUCUUUUUGUUUGAGUAUUGAACAGCAAUGUGUAACAAUUAAUCGAAACAAUAUAUACGAUAACAAGAAAUGAACAACACACACACACACUCAGAUCUUAAACUGCAGGUAUAUUAAACGGUUAAAAACUAGCGCAGAAAUAAUAAUCAAUUUCAAAGAAAACAAUAAAUAAACGGGGUUUGAUUUACAGACGUAGGGAAUUGGAACAGGUGGGAAAAUAAAAAAAACCUAAUGCAAAUUAGUGGCGGCAGCAGCAGUAGCAAUGACGACGAUAUGGUUCGGAUGGCUUAAAUUUUGAACAGAGAACACAAAAAUAAACAAGACGAAGCGUCGCGUGCGUUGCGGCGGAUCUAGGCGAGACAAGUUACACAAAUUACACAUUACUAACUAUAGAUUGAAAUCGUGAAAAGUAUCAGAAACGAAGUAAAAAAAAAAACGUUGUAUAAACAAACAAAAUAUAGUGAUAAGCAAAAACCAA